UCUAAAACCGCAGAGAGUCAAUUUCGGGAAAUACAGAGAUGGCUUAACGUCGUUGAUCCUGCCACAAAUUUCUCAUCAGCACUUGCUGUUCGUGAACCCGGUACGGGGAAUUGGCUACUGGAGGGACGCGAUUAUAUGGACUGGAAGGAAGGCAGUGGGGGGGUUCUCUGGCUUCAUGGGAUACGUAAGUCUAUGGAUGAGUGGAAUCUUAUGCUACAAAGAAUGUUAUUAACAUUUGCACCUUAUAGCUAGAUGCGGCAAGAGUGUCCUAAGGUGCGAACCUAACCACAUGUCCGGAGGUGCAAUAUAACUUCUUUUACUGACUAGCUCUUUAGCGCUACCGCCAUUGAAGAUGUCAAACGCCUAUGCAGCAUGAGCGAUGAUCACGCAUUAGCCUAUUUUUACUUUACUUUCAGUGACUCGCAGAAGCAAAAUUUGGCCAAUAUGCUCCUAUCUCUCAUUGGCCAACUACUCCGAGCGCGUUCCGACCCGGUAUUACCCGAUGAGAUUAUGAAAUUGUAUCAUAACUCCAAGGCAAUUGGAACGUCAUCAAGUAUAAAAGAUCUGCAAACCGUAUUUUCGCACAUCACGAAGCUUUCCAAAAAGACCUUUAUCAUUUUAGAUGCCUUGGACGAAUUCCCCAAGGACACACGGGGCAGUGUCCUAUCCUGGAUUGGCGCGCUUAUGACGGAUCAUGAUGCGGGAUCGCUGUCUAUGCUCGUCACUAGCCGUCCCGAGGCAGAUAUAGUGAAAUCCCUAGAGCCACUUACCAAUUUUUCAAUAUCCCUACAAUCAAAAAUUAUCGAUCCAGAUAUCCGGGUAUAUAUACAGAACUCUUUAGACAGCAAGGAUGGCUUCAAGGAAUUUACCAAUGAAAUUAGGAGUGAGAUAGAAGACACACUCGUUACGCAUUCACAAGGAAUGUAUGUUAUACUUAGUUUUUCAAUCUUUAACUUAGGCUAAUACAAGGUCGGACAUGUUCAGGUUCCGAUGGGUAGAUUGCCUUUUACGAAUUCUACAGGAAUGCAUGACGCCGAAAGCUGUUAGAGGCGCCUUGAAGGAACUGCCGAAAGACUUAGAUUCUGUCUACUCAAGGAUCCUUGAGAGUAUUCACAAGCCGCAGAGGGAAUACAUCCAGUGCGCGAUGCAUUGGCUCUCAUUUUCGGCUGUACCAUUGACCUUAGCGGAGCUUGCUGAGGCUGUC